AUUCGGCACGCGCUGCAAAGAUAAAGGCAAGAAAAGAUAAUAGAGAGAUUUCAGCAGCAAAAAUACAGAAAGCCUGGUUCAUUUAUGUGGACAAAACAUUGUUUAAACUCCUAAAACAUACAGUUUGUGCAGCGAUUGACUGGUGAAACGUUUCCACCUUGCAUCGUGUUUAAAAUUUUUUUUAAAGGUGAUACCCACAGUUACAAGUAUUUCAGCGGGAAAAAUUUACUAAAGCCGUCAAGUAAGCAUCCUGAAAGCUUCAUCACUUGUCUUGUGGUGUCUCCAUCCAUGUGUCUGAGAACCUGCUAACAAACAGAAGGACAACAGCUGGAGCUUCGGACACCCCAACUUAACACAUAGCUCCUCUUUUGGACACUUCCUUUGACACAAACAUGGAAAAUCAGAAUUUACAGAACCGGAGAGAAGCAGCUGGUCAGAGACGUCCUCCACCAGAAGAGAAUCCCAGGGUGAAAUGCAGAGACUGUGGGGCCUUUGGGCACACUGUAAGAAGCAGAAAGUGUCCUAUCAAGUGUUGGGAUGGGGCCAAGGCACCACUACCCUUGGGAGUAAAGAAGGAAAAGGAGAACCGGGACCCUCAGAAGAAGCCGCAGAAUCCCCAGAGUCUUGAGCCAGCGAAUGAGACAGAAAGAGAGAGAGAAGAAAGAGAAAGACUAGAGAAGAGGAAGAAGGCUCUCUUGCUCAGAUUUCCCAAGAAACCCCCAGAGAAGAAGCCACAGAGUUGGAAGGAUACAACGCAUUCUGGUGACUAUCUGAGGCGCCCGAGCAGACCAUCAUUCAUCCAUAUAAGCAGGAAAAUGUCUCUGAGCCAUACUCAGGCUAGUGUGCCAGGAGAUGAGAAAUCUGAUGGCCAACCUGUGUGCCAUACAACACCUUCCACAGAAGAUGCUAAUAUUGUCGUGCCUCUUGAGGAAGAACAUUUUCAGACCUUGGAUGUCCCUAGAGUGCCAAAAACAGCAUUUGGCCACAGUGAUGAGGACCCAGCUGUCAGUGAGAAGCCAUCAGACCAAAGCAUGGAGAAUCACAUCCAUCAAGUCCCAGAGGCUGCCUUCCAAGUGCAGGAAGUGGGCCACAUGUUUAAUACUCAGUCACUAACCCAGCACUCUGUUGAAGAUAAACAUUCCCACCUGUCUUCUGCAGAGCAUACAGAUAACCAGGAAACUAAACUCAGCUUCAAGGCAACCAGUAAGAGAAAUUUCUACAUCUGCACCCAGAUUAUCCCAAAUUCUACAAAGAAAUUUCGACUAAGCUCCUACCAAACACCCAAGAAGAGCACCAAAAGGCCUAUGUUAGAGCCUUCCCAGCCUGUGCCAUGUUCUAGUACCAGUGGAGUUGAACCAAAAGGAUUACCUGAAGGGGCCAAUGUUGAACAACAGCCUCCACACAACAGAGCUCGCCUGAAUUUCACCCAGCCUCAUGCCGAGUCUCAUCAUUCACUGAGCAGCCACGUUCCAGUGCAGCCCCUCCGAAUGGUCUUCACUAGAUUGAGAAACGACUACUGGAGCUCCAAGAUCUUGGAAACUUCCUCAUUCCAGAUUACUGAGAAGAAAAUAUCUCCUCUUAAGAUUUCACUCUCCCUGAAGCACUCUGGAGGUCUGUCUUUCUGGGUCCCUCGUAAGUAGCAUUCCAGGCUCCUUCUCUGAAGAGAAUAAAAGAGAAGUCCACAUGAAAACAGAGACUGCCUCAGGGGGACUUCUGGGAGACUGUUGGGUAGAGGGGUGGAGUUCAGAGGAGAGCUGACUGAGCCAGUUGAACCGGGUCCUGUGGACAGAGAGGCCUGUGAAGAGACGAGAUACUAUCAGCAGCCCAGCAGACAGAUACUUACUGUUCAGAUCAAAUAAACUGUACUUUAAGUGGAGCUUACUGGAGUGAAACGUUAAGGAGUUUAAUGUGAAGUCUGUGAGAAUUUGAGUUGGCACAUACGUGUGCUUGCUUUUAUUCACACAUUAAGUACAAAACAGGAAUUACCCUGUUUUGCAUUCAAUUACCUCCAUUAGUGGAAAGUCCGAAUGAUUUCUACGACCUACAUCUUCACAGAAGGGUGCUCUCUCGUGGGUAAGAGCCAUCGUGAAGAAAGUUCUUUUGCACUUAGAGAUGUUCUUCUCUACUGACUUGUAAAUACAUUUUAAAAAUAUGUUUCAGUGUUGAUAAAGUUCUAGAAAUUAUACCAAAGAAAAAAGGAACUGUACCUUGAUGCCUUUCCCUAAUGAGGUACAGCUGCCACUCCCAUGAAAUAACCCUAACAGUUCAUUCUGUGGCCUUCAUUUUCCCCAUGAAAUGAGAUUUUAUAAUUCCGUUUGUUCUUAUUAAGAUGUUAUCAAGCUAUUCAGCCUUUUUCAGUGGACACUAGAAUGUUCUUUAAAUGAACAGAACAUACUCAACUUGAAGAGAACAGUUUGGACUGGCCCUCGUCCCUGUCAUUCCUUUUCAAAACAAAUUUGACUAAUAUGUAAAUUCAUAGUUGAAAGAAAAUGUGCAAUGGUGGUGGGAUCUUUCUCAGUCUGAGUUUACAUUUUUGAUCUUUGAAUAAAAGUUUCUUCAACAAA